GAGGCGGACGCGGACGCGUGCGAACCAGAGGCCGCCUGCCCGGAGAGAGAGCUCUCACUCCCCUCGCCCUCACCCUCAUCGUCAUCGCCUCCGUCCUCGCUCGGUCCUCUCCAUCCCUUCCCCUUCCACCCCCGAUCGGGACCGCGCGCCGCCUCCGAUCGAUCUCCGGGAUGCGGUUCUGACGCCGGGCUCCACCGAUUCCACCCGACCGAGCCCCGCGUUUCGCUCCCCUGAAUCCCCGUGUCCCCACAGGGGUGGCUGCGUGACAGCGCGGCGCCGUCCGCCAUGGCCGUGUCCUCGCCGAUGGUGCUGUCGCUGCUCCUCCUCGCGUCGCUCACCGCGCUGCUGGUCCUGGCCCCGCGCCUGUCCCCGCCGCCACAGCCGGCGGUGGCGGCCGCCGCGGGCGAGGACGCGCCCCCGCGCCCGGCCAGGGGUGGCGGUUUGAAAGGCGCGGCGAGCGGCGGCGGAGUCGGGGCGGCGGGCGUGGGGGAGGAGGCCGACGACCUGCGGCUGUUCCGGCGCGCGGCGCUGGAGGCGGCGGCGGGGGAGGAGGCGGCGGGCCCGCCCAAGGUGGCGUUCCUGUUCCUCACCAACUCGGACCUCACCUUCGCGCCGCUCUGGGAGCGGUUCUUCGCCGGGAACGCGGCGCGGUUCACCGUGUACGUCCACGCCGACCCGGCCGCGGCUCUGCGCCUGGCCCCCACGCCCUCGUUCCGGGGCCGCUUCGUCGCCGCCAAGCCCACCCGCCGCGCCGACGCCAGCCUCAUCGCCGCCUCGCGCCGCCUCCUGGCCGCGGCGCUGCUCGACGACCCCGCCAACGCCUACUUCGCGCUGCUCUCCCAGCACUGCGUCCCACUCCACUCCUUCAACCGCCUCUACGCCGCGCUCUUCCCGCCCUCCCCUCCUCCCUCCGCCGCCGCGCGCCACCGGCGGCUCCCCAGCUACAUCGAGGUGCUGACGGGGGAGCCGCAGAUGCCGUCGCGCUACGCGGCGCGCGGCGAGGGCGCCAUGCUCCCGGAGGUUCCCUACGAGCGCUUCCGCAUCGGCUCCCAGUUCUUCACGCUCGCCCGCCGCCACGCCGUGCUCGUGGUCCGGGAGCGCCGCCUCUGGCGCAAGUUCCGCGCGCCCUGCCUCCCCGAGGCGGCGCAGGACGAGUGCUACCCGGAGGAGCACUACUUCCCGACGCUGCUCGACAUGGCCGACCCCGCCGGCGUCGCGCGGUACACGCUCACCCGCGUCAACUGGACGGGGAGCGUCGCGGGGCACCCGCACAGGUACGCCGCGGCGGAGGUGACGCCGCGGCUCAUCGACGAGCUCCGCGCCUCCAACCACACACACCCGCACAUGUUCGCGCGCAAGUUCGCGCCCGACUGCCUCGGCCCGCUACUCGCCAUCGCCGACACAGUCAUCUUCAAGGACUGACGGACGCGGUUGCCCUGCUUCCACCAGGCUGCUCUGCACGGCCGAGGGAUCAAAGCCGGGCCCAGCGACAAGGAAAGCUGUGGCCCUUCCUCUUUGCAGUUCGUUUGCAUCUUCAGAGUUCGUUCAGACUUGAGUCAUCCCCCACGUCUGUUGGGAGAAAAGGAAAAAAAAAAGUGUUCAGGUCCUCUCCUCCUCCCCUGUACUAGUAGUACAUCAGUGCUUCUGUACUUCCUGUAUGUAGACUAGAGAAGAAGAAGAAGAAGAAGAAGAAGAAGAAGAAGAAGAAAGCAAAGCAAGCAACGGCCUGAAGCGAAGCGGAAGGCGUUGCAGCCUUGCAGGGAUCGUCACCAGAUGAUCCAUGAUCCAUCCGGUGUAGUAUGUGUUUACCUGGAGCAGCCAAAGAAGGCUGCCUGAAUGCAUAAAAAGGUGAAGGAUUUGCCUAUGUAGUAUAAAACCCUCCCUCUUGUACAGCUUGUUGCUCGUGGACUCUGCUGUCGUGUAAGUAAAGCUUCCGUGCAUAACCAAAAAGGUUGCUUGCAGAGUUUUUAAUCAGGUUGGGGUCAGCUGCGAUUUGCAAAGCAAAUUGCGAAUGUUUUUGCUUGCGGAGAUGCAGAGCUGUUUGCAUCACCGUUCUCCAGGCCCUUUUUUGUAUCGUUGGGUGCUGAAGAAGAUAAUAAGAUGCUCUGUAUCGUACGUAUACGCCUCCGGUGGUCGGUGUCGAGAGCCAGUGGUUCUUUGUU